CGUCGAUCAUCUUCUACCUCCAUUCCAUCGCCAUAACUUUUUUUCUCUCAGAUAUAAGGGAAAGCUUGAAGCGUCUCUGACUAUUUUCAUUUGAAUUAUGCCUUGCUAUCUUGACUUCUCAUAAGGAACAAUCACAAAAAUGAGGAAUCCUCAGAACCCUGAUCAGUCUACGCUGACUGAUCCCGCUUUGCUGGACAAGAUUGACAAGCUUUUCGCUUGCAACGUGGGCGAGUAUAUUUCACUCCCCCAAUUAGUGGUUGUUGGCGACCAGUCUAGUGGCAAAAGCUCUGUCCUAGAAGGACUAACUCAGCUCCCCUUUCCCUGUGAUAGCGGCCUCUGCACGCGAUUUGCUACGCAGAUUAUCUUCCGCAGAGCAAAGGAGUAUUCUGCUCGUAAGAUUACUGCGUCUGUAUUACCUGGCUCGGACGCAAGCCCGGAGAAAAAGGCCGCAUUGGAAAAAUGGACAUGGGGUAAAGAUGGCCCGUUUGAUCCUUCCGAGUUCUCGCAUGUGAUGGUUGAGGUUCAUUCGUUGAUGGGUUUGUCGGGCUCACCAGACAUCUUAAAACCGACAUUUUCGAAUGAUGUCUUCCGUCUCGAAAUUUGUGGUCCCAAUGAGGACCAUCUUAGCGUCAUCGAUGUCCCCGGAAUAUUCAAGAACACCACGCCAGGCUUGACCUCAAAGACAGAUAUCCAGUUGGUCCGCGACAUGGUACUUGGAUACAUGAAAAACCCUCGAUCCAUCAUGCUCACAGUCGUUCCAGCCAAUGUGGAUAUCGCGACACAGGAGAUUAUUGAGUUGGCGCGCGAACUCGAUCACGAUGGACAACGGACGCUUGGCGUUCUCACCAAGCCUGAUCUUGUGGACAAAGGUGCUGAGCAGAAGGUGUUGGAUCUCCUUCAUGGCGAAGACUUAAUCCUCAAACAUGGUUGGUUCCUUGUGCGCAACUUAGGACAGCAUGAACUUCAAGAAGGAGGCAUUGAUCGCAACGCUGCUGAGGAUGCAUUCGGUAGAAAAGAGCCGUGGAACUCUAUUUCUCCAGAUCGUUAUGGGAUCAACUCGCUCAGGUUGCGCCUUCAGGAGGCAGUUAUUGACAACGCUCGGAAGUCAUUUUCUCAAGUUCAUUUGGAGAUCAUGAAGAGGCUCAAGUCGCGCAAGCAAGCACUCAAAGACCUGGGCAAUGAGCGCGUGAUGCCUGAGCAGCAACGCAGUUAUCUCCUCAGUGUUGUAGCUCGCUUUCAAGAAUUAACCUCACAUGGCCUGAGCUCUAACUAUGGAAUGGACGAUAUUUUUGACAGCCAUCCGGAUCUUCGCCUAGCAACUCUGGUCAUGAAUCGCCAUAUCCUGUUCGCAGAUAACCUCUCCGUCUGGGCACAUGAGUAUACGUUCAAGACAAAAUCGGACAUGAACAACUUGAAUGGUGACCAGGUAGAUAAUUCUGAGGAGGAUUCCCCAACUUCAGAAGAUGAAAAUUUGAGUGGCUCAAACGAGCCAACCAAAUUUAUCAAGACCCGCACAACUGCGAACAUGGAAGAUUUGGCUGAGGUUCUUCACGAGUGUACCAAAGAAGUAUCUCCCAAGGAUGGGAAAAUUUACAAGUGGUUGGCCAAGGUGUUUCAUUCGUCUCGUGGAUUUGAGAUGGGAACUUUCAACCCUUCACUUCUUGCCACAACAAUGAGAAAGCAAUCUGCGAAAUGGCCCAAUUUCACGCUGGGAUAUAUUAGUGACAUAAUUACCAUUGUCCAUCAGUUUAUCCUUACGGCUCUUGAGGUUGCAUGCGUUGAUCGGCGCGUCUGUCGCAGAUUAAAGGCACGAUUGAUGGAUAACUUGCUUUCCAAAUAUCAGGAUGCUAUAAAGCAAGUAUGUUUCAUCCUCAACAUUGAGCGGAAUGGCACGCCCUUGACAUUGAACCAUUACUUCAAUGAUUCCUUACAGCAAUGCCGAGUCACUCGAAUCCAAGCUCACCUCGCGCCUAAAGUUCUCAACCACGCCCAUUGUGGACAGGUAGUUCGCCUCCGCGAUGUAUCUGCAGUUCAUGACAAGAGCAACACCGGACAUACUGUAGAGGAUAUCCAUGAUAUAUUGCAAUCAUACUACAAAGCAGCCCUCAAGCGCUUUGUGGACAAUGUCUGCAUGCAAGCCACUGACUAUCAUCUCAUCAAUGGAUCAGAGACGCCAACAAAACUUCUCAGUUCUCUUUUCGUCAAUAACUUAUCUGACGCGGACUUAGAAGAUAUCGCAGGUGAAGAAAGUCACAUUCAACAUUUGCGGGCGCAGUUUACCAAAGAGAUUAAGGAUCUAGAGGCCGGAAAGAAGAUUCUUCUUUAGAGUGGUGUGUUAAACAGAAACUGUCUUGAACUUUUGUUGCAGCUCUUUCCUUAACCAUAGUAUUCUCAAUUAUAAUUCUAAUCUAAUUUCAUCUCAAUGGAAACUUGGUCCCUGGUUCUUUAUCAAGAAAGCUGUGUUUCGUGAGUGAUAUUAUGAAGUGGGCCAAGAAGAUUAAAAAACGC